AGACACAUUGCAUUCAGAAGCACUUAAUUUUAAGUGUGCUUGAAAGUGAAAACUAACUUAAGGUCCACAUGAGAUUGCGAUGAUGCUCUGCACCACUAGAGGGAUUUUUUCACCUCAACCAGGUGACUAAAUGAAAGUAAAACAAAUUUAAAACAAGUUUAAAUCUGUGCCUGGACCUUCAAGUGGCAGCACAGUGUGAUACUACACUAAUACUAAACCUACUGCUUUUCUACUGCAGUGUUUCCAAAAUGAGUUUCCAAGAGAAAAGGGAGAACGAAGUAACCGCUAUUGACUCCAGCAGUAUCAGCAGGAAGAAGAGAUCAGAAUCUGCAGGACCCAGCUCUGUGUCUAAUAAUAGUAUAAAGUCUAUACAUAGACCUCCUUCAUUCAGUGAUGAAACAUAUAAAGAGAUAGAUAAUCCAACUGCAAUCCACGAUAAAACCCACAACAGGCAGAAAAGACCUGAAGAAGUCCUGCAGAGAGUCAAAGACCAACACAAAAUCAGCAUGAAGAACAAGUAUGAACACUUAUUUGAGGGAAACAAACUACAAGGAAAUGAAACCCUCUUGAACCGGAUCUUCACAGACCUCUACAUCAUAGAAGGAGAGAGAGAAGGGAUGAAUGAAGAACAUGAGGUUUUACAGAUGGAGAAAACACCCAGAAAACAACACUCACAACACAAUCCAAUCAACUGUAAUGACAUCUUUAAAUCAUUACCUGACUCAAGAUGUGAAGAGAAAGACAAAAUCAAGACUGUUCUUACUAAAGGAAUUGCUGGAAUUGGAAAAACCGUCUCUGUUCAGAAGUUCAUUCUAGACUGGGCCGAGGGAAAAGCCAAUCAGGAUGUAGAUUUCAUGUUUGUGUUUUCAUUUCGAGAGCUGAACUUGAUUAAAGAUCAUCAGUACAGUCUUCACAGACUUCUGCUGGACUUUCAUCCUGAGCUUCUAGACCUGGGCUCAAAGAUUUAUGAAGAAUGUAAAGUGGUGUUCAUCCUAGAUGGUCUGGAUGAAAGCAGAAUGACACUGAUGUUUUCAGAUGAUGAGAAGGUUUGUGAUGUGAAUGAAUUUUCCUCAGUGGGUGUGUUGAUGUUGAACCUCAUAAAAGGAGAUCUACUUCCCUGUGCUCUCAUCUGGAUCACCUCCAGACCAGCAGCAGCCAGUCAGAUCCCAUUCAAAAAUAUUAAUCGUGUAACAGAGAUUCAGGGUUUCAAUGACCCUCAAAAAGAGGAAUAUUUCAGGAAAAGAAUCAGUGACCAGCAUCAAGCCAGCAGAAUCAUCUCACACAUCAAAAGAGCAAGAAGGCUCCACAUCAUGUGCCACAUCCCUGUCUUUUGCUGGAUCUCAUCAACUGUGCUUCAAAACCUACUGACAGAUGAUCUUAAUGCAGAAAUCCUUCAAACUGUGACUGAAAUAUACAUUUACUUUUUGCUGACUCAGAUUAUGAGAACUUAUGAAGAAAUAGAUCCAGAGAAACGUCUACAGUCCAUCAGAGACGUAAUUGUGAAACUUGCUGAAGUGGCAUUUAAUGAGCUGAUGAAGGACAAUGUGAUGAUCUAUGAGGAGGACCUGAUUGAAAGUGGCGUAAAUGUCGCUGAUGCCUCACUGUUUUCUGAAAUUUGCACUGAGAUCUUUAAGGAAGAAUUUGUGAUUCAUCAGAGGAAAGUCUACUGCUUCAUUCAUCUGAGCAUUCAAGAGUUUCUUGCUGCUUUCUAUGUUUUUUACUGCUAUUUAAGAAGCACAUCAAAAGCUCUUAAAGCUUUUGAUUCUAUGUUGAAUUUGCAUAAAGGUGCAGUAGAUAAAGCCUUAGAAAGUAAAAAUGGACACCUGGAUCUGUUCCUGCGGUUCCUGCUGGGCAUCUCACUGGAGUCCAAUCAGAGACUCUUAAAAGAUCUACUGACACAAACAGAGAACAGUUCAGAGACCAUGAGAAGAACAGCCCAGUACAUUAAAAAGAAAAUCAAAAAUGGACACAAACUCUCCACUGAACGCUCCAUCAAUCUUUUCCUCUGUCUGCUGGAAGUCAAGGAUCAGACUCUGUCCAAAGAGAUUCAGGAGUUUGUGAAAUCAGAAAAAGACUCAGAGAAGAAACUCUGCCCUGCUCACUGCUCAACAAUUGCCUACAUGCUUCAGAUGUCAGAGGAGGUGCUGGAUGAGCUGGACCUGCAGAAAUACAACACAUCAGAUGAAGGCAGAAAAAGACUCAUACCAGCUGUGAUCAACUGCAGAAAAGCUCUUCUUGCUGGCUGUAAUCUUACUGCUCAGCAAUGUGACAUUGUGUCAUUAGCUGUACAGUCCUCAGAAUCUGCCCUCAGAGAGCUGGACCUGAGUAACAAUGACUUGCUGGAUUCAGGAGUAAGGCUUCUCUCCGAUGGACUGAAGAGCCAAAACUGUCAGCUGGAGAUACUGAGGUUGUCAGGAUGUAUGGUGACAGAAGAAGGCUGUCGUUAUCUGUCUUCAGCUCUGAGUUCAAACCCUUCACACCUGAGAGAGCUGGACCUGAGCUACAAUCACCCAGGAGAAUCAGGAGUCAAGCUGCUCUCUGACAAACUGAAGGAUCCAAACUACUCACUGGAGAUUCUCAAUUUGGACUAUGGAGAGGCUUUCAGGAUCCAACCAGGACUACAAAAAUAUUUCUGUGAUCUCACACUGGAUCCAAACACAGCGAACACUCAACUCAUUUUGUCUGAGCACGGAGAGGUGAAAUAUGUGGAAGAGCACCAGCCAUAUCCUGAUCAUCCAGAGAGAUUUAAAGAUAUUCCUCAGGUUCUCUGUCGAGAGAGUCUGACUGGACGCCAUUACUGGGAGGUUGAGCGGACUGACUGGGCUCGUGUAGCAGUGGCCUAUAAAACAAUCAGCAGGAAAGGGAUGAUCUGUAAGUUUGGAUACAAUAACAAGUCCUGGUGUCUUUUCUGCACUGUUGAUGGAUUUGUUGUCUGGCACAAAAAUAAGAGCCACAACAUUUCUGUCUGGUCACCCUCCUCUAAAAGAGUAGGAGUGUAUCUGGACUGGCCGGCCGGCACUCUGUCCUUCUACAGCAUCUCUGACACACACACACUCACACACUUACACACAUUCAACACUACAUUCACUGAACCCCUCUAUGCUGGGUUUAAGGUUUUUGAUUCCUCGCUGUCACUCUGUAAGAUCACACAACAGACAAACAACUGACUUCUGAUUCAAUCUUAAUUAAGGUCAUAGUUUAGCUAUAAAAAUAUUUGAUGUUACUGUUUCUUACUUACUGUAUAACUAAUAACGAACUAAUGAAGAAGUAAUAUAAUAAUUCAUUGACACUUAACUCUGCUGUUAACUAAUAAGCAAUCAGUAUAUAUUACAAUUUUAUGAUUCUGUUAAAGAGCAGUUAGCUAAUCAAUAUCUAAUGUAAUUAAUAUCUCAUGCCUCCGGGAAAACUAAUAGUAAUGUUUAAGGUUCAUGAAAAAUAAUUAUGAAGUAAUUACCAAUGAGCAGUCAUAUACAAUUAUACUUAGUUGUGACUCUUUCAUAUAUAUGUCAGUAGCAGUAGUAUGAAUACAGUACUGUAUGUGUGCUUCCUCAGCAUAUACCAUUAAUCUAAAAAAAAAGUUUAAAAAUGUAUAAAUAAUUAUCAAAUAAUUCUGCAGGGCGUAUUCUGAACCUGAAACAUUAUGCCUAUACUAAUGUGAAAAAAAUUUAAUUAAUAAAGAAUUAUCAGAUAUUCAUCCCAGUGUUAAUUAAUUAUUUAACAAAGCACCAUUUUACAGAGAGUAUCUCUAGUAAGUUGGAGUGUUAAGGCAAGACACUGGAGUUGUCGCUAGUUUCCAAAGCAGAACAUGCACGCAAAGCAAUUAUUUACCAUACAGGCAAAAAUAUGAUGAAACCCAGAAAGGAGGGCCAAAACAUAAAUUUAACAUAGGUUGCUCUUACUUUGUGCACUGGUUACACUCAUGGAUGACAGUAUACUUUUGCUAGUAGAAAGAGCUCAUCAAGAGCUUUCAUAUAUAUCUCCAUUCCACUCUUCUGAUUCUGACGUCUCAUUAUGUACAUUUAUAGUAAUAAGUCCUUUUGUGUGCAAACAAAAUUGAUAUUUGAUUUACGUUAUAGGCUAAUAACAGUAGAAUGUGUAAAAAUGCUGCAUAUAUUUAGUACCACUUUAUACUAAAUAACUUUAACUAUACUACUUGUGUAUAUAUACAAAGGUUGUGGGGUAAGAUAUUUUAAAGAUGAUUUAAAGCAUAGAGGUAGGGUCAACAAUGUACUUAUUGUAAGAAAAAACGAUGGGAACUUUCAAGAUCUUGAUGAAGAUGUUUAUUGCAGCAUAGCGGUGACAAAACACAUGUAGUAAGUUGGGUUCAGCGGAGUCGGAUUGAACCCAGAGCAUCCUAAGCUCAAACCUUUUUAGUUUUCUAGACUUAGAAACUACGUUAAUUAAGUUUCAGACACCCCUUCGUCUGAGAUGGUUCUCGUCACGCACCUUCUUUCAUUCUACAACUGGUCAGCAUUUGCUCAGGAUGGAAUCAUCCCAAACGCUCUACAGACAACAUCUUCUCUAUGAUAAUUAAGCCAUUUUGGUAGAUGAGUAUUAUCAAACGUAUUUUAUGGAGUGGAAUCUGGGUGGAAGCAGACUAUAGAUUCACAGAUCUAACUUCAAACGUUAGAAAGAGAUGUAGUUCUUCAUUCCACCAAGAGAGCAUAUUUAAGAGAGAACGCAUAGCUUUAUAUUGUACGUCAUUCAUGCUGUUUAUUUAUCUCUACCACAUUACUUCCAGUACCCUUAUAACAUACAUGCACUGCAAUCAUUUCAGUCAUGUUUAUGUUAUUUUUCAGUUUCUGUUUAAUCUUAACUGUGUGUUGUGGGCUGUGUUGCCAUCACAAGUAAGAGAUAAGGAAGAGUCUUAAAUAAUCAUCACAGGAUCAUGCUGUAAAGCAAUCAUUUUCGUUUUGGUGUAAUAACGUGUUAAAUUUGUGUUGGUCAGACUUAAAAUAUCUGACUGAACAUGUAAACAAAAUUCAAUAAACUUUUAAUAUCACUUCA